GGUAAAAUGCCAAGCUCUCUAAAUAUAGUAUUAUCACAGCCACACGGUGUCUAUCAUCCUGGCUGCAGUGUAAGCGGUACAGCUCAGCUUAACCUUGAGGAGCCGAUGAUGGCAAAUUCUUUGUCGAUAAGCAUUGAUGGCAGUGCAUUCACCAAAUGGAGUAAGCCACAAGUUAGGACGAUAAGGCUAUUUGCUAAGACUUGGAGAUCUUUCUUGAACGGUUUUUGGGGAUGGAGAAAUGGAGUAGUUGAAAUACAGCAAUACACGGAACAUUACGCGACUAAAGUGGUUUAUAUCAAGGAAGAGACAGUUGUAUGGACCGCUCCUCACGGCGCAGAGGUAUUGAAUGCUGGAUCUCAUAAAUUUCCAUUCGCUUUCACACUGCCGGAAAAUUGUCCACCUAGUUUCGAAAGCAGUUAUGGCUACAUUCGAUAUUUAAUAAAAUUGGAACUUGAUCGACCAUGGUUUUUCAACACAACAGAUAAAAAGCUAUUCACAGUGAUCCCUGUAUUUGACCUUAAUGCUACUCCACAAAUGAUAGAACCCAUCACCGGCGUUAAAGCUAACAAUUUGGGCGUUGCAUUAUUCAAACAUGGAAAAGUCACUAUGGAGUAUGAAAUACCCAAAUCAGGUUUUGCUCCUGGUGAAAUGAUAGUGGUCAAUCUAAAAAUCAACAAUGAAAGCACUAAAGUAGUGACAAGGGCUCGAGUAAAAUUGAUGGAAAACUCGAGAUAUGUGGCCUUUCCCACUUGGGAAACGGAAACUCUUCCACCUGGAACGUUCUUGAAUGGUCGUGGUGAUCAGGAAGAACUUAGCAGAAAGAUAGCAACCGGAGAACAAAAAAUUUUCAUCGACAGUUACAAAACUGGCAAAGCACAGAUUUAUCUUCAAGUUCCACCCACUGUACCUUCCUUCAGCACCUGCCCAAUAAUUGCUGUGGAUUAUGUAUUGGACAUCAAACUUGAAACAAAUGGUACUCUCAAUCGUAACGUUGAGACAACUCAUCCUAUAACAGUGGGUACAAUACCCGUGAGCACACCAACUCCUGACACUCAGCCAUCUGCGCCUCCCCUUGACUCACCUGCGGGUCCUACCGUUGAGCCCUCUGCUCCACCAAUCGAAAAAUCGGGUGAACCACAGGAUACUCCCAAAAUUUAUCCAAUAUAUCCACCGCUUCCACCACCAAGCUAUGAGGAGUCAGUAAAUGGAGUUGAUGGCACGUCAUUAGACGCUGGCGACAUGGAGCGAUACGUACCAUGUUAUCCCUUCUAUGCCUUGCCAUCCAAGAUCUCUAAGACAAAUGACUAAUUCGUGAAGACUUAUGUCGUGGUGACUGUGCACAUACUUUUCUGUUCGUGAAAAGAGGCAUUUCGCUAAACUUAUUCGUUCGAUA